CCCUGUUGGUUCAAUCAAAGUAAUGAGAAAAUUUUAAAUGAGAAAAUUUUGAAGCCGCAUUUGAGUUUUUUACAAUGGGAAAUCCCAGCUGUCUACCAUUGAUAUUCCUACACCCAAUCUAACCACCAUAUCACUGAUAAUGGAGAGAAGAGAGAGACAUCAGUUAAAAAAGACUAACCAUCUGUCCUUCCAUCGCUAUAACCUCUCUCUACAAAUGUCUUCUCCAUAACCAUAUUUUCCCUUCAUUUUCUCACUCUAAACUCUUCAAUGGCCAUAUCCAUGUAGCAUUUUGGUUCUCAAUUUCUUCUCAACCAGGCCUCCAAACAUUAAUGGAGGCCCCUGACUCUCUCCCUCUCUCUCCUCCCAAGUAUAAGAGCCCAGCCUUUCUUUCCGUCUUCCAAAUAUAGCCACCCCACUUUCUCUCUCUAGCUCUUGUAUAACCAUCCACCCCACUUCUUGGGUAUCUCAUUCCUCCUCAGCCAGUCCUCCAUUACCCGUCAAUGGAGGCUCCAGGGCCACUCUCUCUCUCCUCCCCAAUUGGGUUAGAGAGCACCCCACUUCUCAGAGACAACAACGGUAGAAGGAGAACAGGAAACAACAAUAGUAAUAGUAAUAAUGUAGCUCUCUUAAUUACUAGGGCCACCAUGAGAGAGCCAUCAAUGGCGGUUAGGGAAACAGCAGCUCUUCAAUUAGAGGAGAGACAAACAGAUUGGGGUUAUUCGAAACCUGUAGUGGUUCUUGACAUGAUAUGGAAUAUGGCAUUUGUGGUUGUUUCAUUUGUGGUGCUUCUUUCUUCUAGGAGAGAGAGACCAGGCACCCCAUUGAGGGUGUGGAUUGUGGGUUAUGUAAUUCAAUGUGUUUUUCAUGUGGGUUUUGUCUGGUUUGAGUAUAGGAGGAGGAAUUAUAGAGAAUUGGGGAGAUCUGCUUGCAUUGGGUCUGAUGCUGAGGACGAGGCUUGCAUAACAGGGCAAAUUCCAGAGAAUCAAAUGAGCAAUGGCAUCGUCAAGAGACUGGAGUCAAUGAACACAUUAGCGUCAUUCAUUUGGUGGAUAAUUGGGUUUUAUUGGGUCUUUAAAGGUGGGCAAGCUCUUCUGCAGGAUGCCCCCCGUCUCUAUUGGAUGGCUGUUAUGUUUCUUGCUUUUGAUGUGUUCUUUGCCAUAUUAUGUGCCGCACUUGCUUGUUUGAUCGGUAUUGCUCUUUGCUGUUGCUUGCCGUGCAUUAUUGGCUUCCUCUAUGCAGUGGCCGGGCAAGCAGGAGCAUCAGAUGCAGACAUAAGCCUUCUCCCCACUUUCACAUUCAAUAGGCGAUCUCUCUCUCCCCAGGAUUCGCAGUGUUGCAUUUGCCUUUCAUCUUAUGAAGAGGGCGCCGAACUUCACUCUCUUCCUUGUCAUCACUGUUUUCAUUCAGGGUGCAUCCGAAGGUGGCUUCGGAUCAAUGCAACUUGUCCGCUCUGCAAAUUCAAUAUUCUGAAGGGAGACGAGAAUGUGUAAUUUGUUGCGAUCUUUCCAUUUUUCAGGCUCCCAUGCUCCAAUUUCCCACCUGUUUCUUCUUUGUCAUGUGGAAGAUAGUGGGUUGUGCAGGUUGUUUCUUGAUAAAAUAGAUUGUUGUUUUUAUACUCCAUGGGAAAUAAGAAAAUUGGGAAUGAAAAGCACAAAAGGAAGGCUGUAAAAUUGGCUCUUGAGAAGUGCUGUGAAUGCAGUUUUUGAAGGUAGUUUUUUAGGGAUUGUAUACAAAGAAACCAUUUACCUUUAAUAUUAGGAGGUCACAAUUACUUA